AACACCCUCACUGCUCCGGAGAGAACUUUCAAGACAUUUCGUCUGUGUUUAAUUAUUUGCAGUGAUGUUUGGAAACGGAAGCCGCUCAUUUCAUUUUCCUUCUCUGUGUAAUAAUAUAGGGUUUUUGCAGAAGAAUAAUAAUGUUGACGACAAGACCCGAGUUGUCCGGUUUUUUAACGAUCAGCAGCCCAAGAGCAUUUUAACACGGGACAACGAGCGCGACGCUCGCUUCAGACGCGCAGAGACGGACUUCUCCAAUCUGUAUGCGCGAGAUCUGCUUCCUGCUAAAAACGGUGAGGAGUAUACGAUGCAGUUCCUGCUGGAGGUGGUGGACAUCCUCACUAACUAUGUGUGCAAGACCUUCGACAGAUCCACAAAAGUGCUGGACUUCCAUCAUCCACACCAGCUGCUGGAUGGAAUGGAGGGCUUCAACUUAGAUCUGUGUGAUGAGCCCGAGAGCCUGGAGCAGAUCCUGGUGGACUGCAGGGACACGCUCAAAUACGGCGUCCGCACAGGUCACCCAAGGUUUUUUAACCAGCUGUCUUCAGGUCUAGACAUCAUUGGUUUAGCUGGAGAGUGGCUGACCUCUACUGCCAACACCAACAUGUUCACAUAUGAGAUUGCACCCGUGUUUGUACUGAUGGAACAGCUCACCCUGAAGAAAAUGCGAGAGAUCAUUGGCUGGCCGAAUGGAGAGGGCGAUGGCAUUUUCUCACCAGGAGGGGCGAUCUCAAACAUGUACAGCGUGAUGGUGGCACGGUACAAACACUACCCUGAGGUUAAAAUCAAAGGCAUGGCAGCGGCUCCCAGACUGGUGCUCUUCACCUCAGAACAUAGUCACUACUCUAUAAAGAAGGCCAGUGCAGUGCUGGGUUUCGGCACAGAGAAUCUGAUCUUGCUGAGGACAGAUGAGAGAGGUAGAGUGAUUCCGGAUGAUCUGGAGACCAAAGUCAUUGAUGCCAAACAGAAGGGGUUUGUGCCAGUGUUUGUGAACGCUACAGCUGGAUCUACAGUGUAUGGCGCCUUUGAUCCAAUCAAUGAGAUCGCUGACAUCUGUGAGAAAUACAACAUGUGGCUACAUGUGGAUGGAGCGUGGGGUGGAGGUUUGCUGAUGUCCAGAAAACACAGACACAAACUGAAUGGCAUUGAGAGAGCAAACUCUGUCACAUGGAACCCACACAAGAUGAUGGGCGUUCCACUGCAGUGCUCUGCCAUUCUGGUCCGAGAGAAGGGUCUUCUUCAGGGCUGCAACUCCAUGUGUGCUGGUUAUCUCUUUCAGCCGGAUAAGCAGUAUGAUGUUACCUAUGACACAGGGGACAAAGCCAUACAGUGUGGCCGCCAUGUAGACAUCUUCAAAUUCUGGCUCAUGUGGAAGUCAAAGGGCACUAUAGGCUUUGAGAAGCACAUUGACAGAUGUCUGGAGCUGUCUGAGUAUCUCUACCAUAAGAUAAAGAGCCGAGAAGGAUAUGAGAUGGUGUUUCAAGGGGAGCCGCAGCACACCAAUGUGUGUUUCUGGUACAUUCCUCCAAACCUGCGGCUCCUGCCAGAUGGAGAGGAGAAAAGACAAAGGCUUCAUAGGGUUGCCCCCAAGAUCAAGGCAAUGAUGAUGGAGUGUGGGACAACAAUGGUGGGCUAUCAGCCUCAAGGUGACAAGGUCAACUUCUUCAGGAUGGUUAUCUCUAAUCCAGCUGUAACCAGAUCUGACAUUGACUUCCUGAUCGAUGAGAUAGAAAGACUGGGACAGGAUUUAUAGAGCACACAGGUUGGAAAUUCAGUAGAUGUUAGUACAUUCUGUACUAAGUAUUGGAAAUGGAGAAGACAUUUUGAAGUAUUGUAUCAGCUGGACAUUCCGGAAUAUUAAACUGAUGAGGUGUUCUAGAAUGUUCCACUAGGAAACUGGACGUGUGGAAUACAGAGGUGGUGAGAUCUUCAAGCUAUGAUUUCAUAAAGGAUCAGACUUCCUCCUAUGACAUUAUAUGUCUUCUCCUCUACCCUUCUCCAUGUUCUCUUGUCUCAUGUCUAUUGUGUUCUGUUCUUUCUUUGACAUUGACAAUAAUGUUCAGUUUCUUGGUUAUUGGUUAACUACAUUCAUAAUAUGAAAUGACAUUGAAAAAUACUUAAAGCAAUUACUAAUCUUAAUGUUUAUUCAAAAAUGUAAAGGUUCACUUUUUUUCUUUAAAACCCAGAUAUCUUGCCCCAUGGACAUCUGUUGCAAGUACGUUAAUUCAAACACAAUAUUUUUUUUAGAAACUAAGCAUCAAAUCCAAAUUGUUUAAUGUGGAAAUGGAGCACAACUUUUGAACAUUUAGUGAACAUUAUCUUUAAAAUCUAGAACUGAACUUGAAUUCACAAGACAUGGAACAAAAUGACAUUCACAUUUGUAACACCCUGCAACAUUAUAUGGCCAGAAGUAUGUGACCAUCUCAUUCUAAUCAAUGGGUUUUGUUUUAUCAGUUACUCCAGUGAGCACAAUGUCAAUGCUACACCAUAAUGUUCAUCUACAGAACUGGCGGUGCCCAAAAACAGGGUCUGGUUUACAAAGUCUGGUGGGGAAGACCUUGACUGUCACCAGACCCUCUCACCCGACAUCAGUGCCUUUGGCCAUGUAGUGCAUCUAACUUUGUCUAACUUAAGAUACUAACCAUAGUGCAAUGAAUGCUGUUGUUGAAAUUUAGUCACUAGUAUAUAAAAUAGGGGGAAAACAAAACUUUUUAGGAGAAAAGCACAUCAACGUCA